CUUCCCCCACUUCCUUCGUCACACUCGCCCACAAUGACCAAGAUCACCUUCAAGACGGUGCAGAACAAGCUGUUCACGGUCGACGCCGAGGCCAGCGAGACGGUCGCCGACCUCAAGCACAAGAUCCAGGAGUCGCAGACCUUCCCAGCCGAGAACCAGAAGCUCAUCUACUCUGGCAAGAUUCUCAAGGAUGACGCGACCGUUGGCGAGCUCAAGAUCAAGGAGAAGGACUUCCUCGUUGUGAUGGUUUCAAAGCCCAAGCCCGCCCCCGCUGCUGCCGCUGCCUCGUCGUCUUCGGCGACGGCCCCCGCCGCAGCUACCCCCGCCCCCGCUGCCGAGGCCGCCCCUGCGGCCCCUGCCCCCGCCGCUGAGCCCGCCGCCCCUGCUGCUGCUGCCCCCGCCGCCACUGAGGCUGCUGCUGAGGCUACCCCCGCCGAGGGUGCCGCCGCCUACGGCUCGUCGUUCCUCACUGGCUCUGCUCUCCAGGGCGCCAUCGACGGCAUCGUUGAGAUGGGCUUUGAGCGCGACCAGGUCGUUCGUGCCCUCCGUGCCAGCUUCAACAACCCGGACCGUGCCGUCGAGUACCUCAUGAGCGGCAACAUCCCCGAGACCGAGCCUGCCGCCCCCGCGCCGGCUGCUGCCGCGCCCCGCGCUCCCGCCGCUGCUGCACCAGCCGCCGCUCCUGCUGCUCCCGCUGUCCCGGCUGCCGCCGCCGCCGCUGCUCCCGCCGCUGCUGCCGCUGCCACCACCUCGUCCGGCGCCGGCGCUGACAACCUCUUCGCUGCCGCUGAGGCUGCUAUGAACCGUGACCGUGGCAUCCCCGCCGGUGCUGCUGCUGGUGUCCCUGGAGGUGCCGGCGGACCUGACGCUGAGUCGUUGAACGCCAUUGCCAACUCGCCGCAGAUCCAGCGCAUUCGUCAGGCGGUGCAGGAGAACCCUGCCCUCAUCCAGCCUCUUCUCCAGCAGAUUGCGGCAUCAAAUCCCGCUCUGGCCCAGGUUAUCAACCAGAACCCCCAGGCGCUCUACGACCUCCUUGGUCUCUCGGACGACGACCUUGAGGGAGGCGAGGACUAUGGAGGCCCGCAGGUCAUGCAGGUCGACUUGACGCACGACGAGGCCGCGGCUGUUGAGAGGCUCGAGCAGCUCGGCUUCGACCGCCAAGUCGUGCUCCAGGCGUACCUCCUCUGCGACAGGAACGAGGAGCUGGCCGCCAACUUCUUGUUCGAGAGCGCCGAGGAGGACGAGCAGAUGGGUCCAUAGAUGUCGUAGCACUGUCAGAGGCGGUGGGGAGCGUGCAUAUGAGGCCUAUCAGAGCCACCGAGCGAUGGUGUGGUGGCGUAAUGUAACGUAGUAUUAUGAGCAA